AUGGCUACUGUGACGUCAGAUAUCGAUGUUCCAAUUCUUAGUAAUAAGGAAGCUAAAGAAUUGAUCGGAAUCCACCCACUCGGAAAAUUCAUGCAGAGGAAGUGUAUAUUGCUCCACUGUUCACUGAACAUACUGAUGAAUUUAGUCAAAGCGAGGGAGAAUAGAAAGUAUUACGAUAAUGCAAAUGCAAAGAAGCUUUUGGACGUAUUUAGUGGUUCCCUGAACAAGGACCGGAGAAUUCCUGCCAUGCUGACACUCAGUUAUAUUGUUGAUCCUGUGAAUGAAAUCAAUAUGAUAGAAGAUAAGUUAGGUGUUAUUGACUCACUGAUUGAGUAUCUAAGUAAAUGUGUCGAGGAAACAACAGAGCAGUCCUAUUCAGUGAGUGAGUUGGUGGAAGGACUUGAAAUGCUGUCACGACAUCCAAAGAACAGAGAAAAGAUCGUAGAUGGCGCUUUACUGAUGAUGUGUCAGAUUACUGAAAAGGGAAGUGAGAGAGAGAAGCAGUGUGUUCGAAAUGCACUGUUAUCGUGGGGGUUGUACGACGAAGGCGAGACGUCUGAAAGUAAGGGUGCGUUUGGUCCUGGAGAAUCCGAGGAUGAAUCCUUGUCCGAGAAACUGACGUUUUUAGAGACGUUGUUUGGUUGCCUCGGUGAUAUAAAUUCACUUAGUUCAAGUGAAUUAAGAGACCUCCUGCAAGCAAUCAAUCAAACAUUGAUCGAUACACCCAGGGACCAGCGAGAAGUGAUAGGAAACAAGACAGCUAUGAUUGGGGGCGUAGACACACUGAUGGAAAUUCUUCGCGAUUCGUACAAAAAUGGUGAGGUUGUAUAUGGAGACGACAGUCAAUGGGAAGUGUUCAACGCCGUCGCUCAUGUGUUGUGGAACUAUACAGAUGCUAGUCUCUCGUUUGCCUCUACAGCGGGCGCUGCUGAUUUAGUAGCAUUUAUGCUCAGUGUGGUUGAGAGCCAUUUCCAGAUGCUGAAGAAAAAGAUGAUAAGCUUAGCGGACGGAAUAGCGACAUGCUUUGGUGACACUGUUUCAUCGACGCCAGUAAUGGAAUCAUCGGUAGAAGCGCCAUCUCGUGACAUGCCUCCCGGAUCUGAAAGCACGGUAAGAAAACCCACUACAGACAGUGAAGUUCGGGAAACUGACGAUAAAGUGCGCCUUAUACCCGCGGGGUCACGUGCAGGUAUAAAGAACGAUGGAUUAGUUGGUUACCGAAAAGAUUCGGAUCUUGUGGCAGCUAACAAUAAAGCAGUGUUCGUGACAGAGAAACCGUUGCGAUGUAAUCACCUGUUUGAAAUAAACAUCGAUAAAAUAGACGUUAGAAAAACAGCCGGUCUCGAAUUCGGUGUAACAAUAUACCAAGAGUUUCCAGAUGAUGUGGUUUAUUACGGGGAAGGCUACGGAGAAGGGACAGGCUUUUGGUUCUUAAAAACUACGGAUUUUCAUCGAGACUUUAAAACAAUUGGAGGAGGGUACAGUCUGAAUCUAGAAGAAAUUAAACAGGGCGAUAAAGUUGGUAUUGUUCGUUUUGCUAAUUCUGCUUUACACUACUACUAUAAUGGAGAAGAUCAAGGCAUUGCGUUCAGGAACAUACCAGAAGGUGUUUAUCCAUUGGUAGCUGUGACGGGAAAGUGCCUCCAGGUGUCUGUUGUUGAAACAUGUUCCCCAAUUACCAUUCCUGAUGCGUUGAAAGGACCGGAUACUCCCCAUUUCACAGAACCAUUUGAAUCGUACAGAAUCAAUACCACCAAUUUCAACACUACACAAUUCAAUCGCAUGCGGAGCCCAUGGGGCAUUGAUUUUAUAGAAGAAUCUAAACACCCCGAUAAAGCCAACAUUUUAAAAACUGAUACAAUAGAAUCCAGUCCAAUUCCAUUUGUGCAACUUGGAAUGCAGAAGGAAUUGGAUACGUUUGCUGAAAUUGAACGACACUCAAAAAAGGGUUACUUGAAUGAAGCUGAAAUGAUUCGUGUCAUCCACUCUCAAAUUGGUUUCUCGGAUCUUCUCGCAAACCCCCUGUUUCGAAUAGACCCCGUGUCGAAGGAGCGUGUAAAAGGAAUAAAUGAAUACUUGGUGAUGCAAGGAUAUAUGGUAAAAAUGUAUGAAAUAAGCAAUGUAAUUCCGAAUAAUCCAAACAAACUCCCCAAGAGAUUGGCCGAUAUUUAUAACUACGUUUUGAAACCUUGCUUUAAUAACAUACAAAACCUUGAUUCAUUCAUAUGGACUGGAAGUACGAGUGAGGGAUUUGCAAUGACCGACCACAGCGUGAAGGAAGAUAGGUACAUGAAUGAUGAGAUGGAUGUAAUGAUUCCUAUCGGGGAAGCACAGGAAGGAAUACAACUACACCCUGAGGAUGAUUCAAUGACAAACACAGACCUAGAUUUAGAAGCAUCAGGACGGGAACUGUUCAUAAGCGAACUUGAAAGGGUUGGACAUGAAAGCCCGUCUUAUGGCGCGCCUUUCAAGUGGGUUCCAACCUCGUUUCCUGGUUAUGUCAGAGUUGAGGCCAAUGAUGAAUCGAAAAUUGAUUUCAGUGAAGGUUUCAUUCAUAACAUAUGCUCUGUGGUGAGGAAAGUUGAAAGAGAUGUCAUCUACCUCUCAAGAGCAAAGCUUCUGAAGGUUCAAGAGGACUAUAUACGCCAACGAAUUCCGGUUGUUCAGGAUAACAUAGAUGAGGAGUACAAAACACGAGGUGGUUUCCGUGGUAGAUUGGAAUUAUUGCAACAGGGCCCAGUUCAGACACUAAGUGUAUACUAUACUGCUGCGUCUUUAGAAGGCGGAGUGAGUGCAAAAAGUGUGGAGUUUGAACACACCGUGGAUGCUGCAUUGGUUCUAAGAUGUUCAGCCUGGCCGUCUCUUGCCAUUUCGUGGGUUACACGUGCUCGCCAGUGGCCAACUAAGGACCUGGUUCUGCAUAUUCAACGCGACGGCUGUCACGUGGUUCCCAAGUCUUAUCCCGGUGAGGGUGGAGAUGAUAAUCUACAGUGGCGGCUCUCGUUUUCAUUGGCUGAACGGACACUCGCGCAUAGUUUCACAGAAUGGCAACGUACGUUCUAUUUAGUGAUGAAAAAAAUAUGGCGUCGUUAUUUGAAGGAACCAAAAGUGUUAUCGUCGUAUCAUAUGAAGACUACAAUGUUCUGGGUUAGCGAAGGAUUGUCAUCCGGGCAAUGGUCCAAGAAUGACCUUGCCGAUCGAUUCAUGGAAUUCUGGGAUCGGAUGAUUUUCUUCUUAGAGCAAGGAAUCAUUCCAAAUUUCUUCCUUCCAGAAAACAACAUGAUCAGUCACAUAAGCCAAGAAGAUAUCGAUGUUGUUUUACAGAAAGUUAAACACGUGCGUCAACAACCCUCCAAACACUUUAGAGAUCUAGCGGUUCCGACCUCAACGUUUAACGUGAUUAACUAG